AUGACACUCGCUAUCCGCAGACAGACCCUGGCACAGGCAGACAAGGCUCGGCAGACGGUAGCCACAGAGUUUGUCGGCGAGUUCUCAGGCAUUAUUGAGAUCGUGAAAGGGGCGGAUCAGGGUUAUGGAGGGGCUGGUUACACGGCGCUUUCUGUCCUCCUGGCGGUAGCUGUCAACACCAAGAGGAAGGACGACCUCGUUUCUGAGGCCCUCAACAACCUAAAGAGAGAAUACUCCCGCAUGGUACUGCUCUCUGAGAUCUACCACACGCCAAUGAUGAGCAUGUACAUAACCACGGUGUUCAAACUCGGCAUCGAAUUCAUGCAAGAGGCCAUAAGUCACUACUCUCGGCCAACAUGGCGCCGUUUAUGGGACGCUGUCGUCAGACCACCCUUUCUUCUCAACCGGAAAGUUAGCGAGAUCUCGGCAGCAAUGAUACAGAUUGAGAAAGAACGAGACACGCUCCUAACCAAGAGCGUGCAUGUCCUGCAUAUCAAAAUGGACCAUAUGACAGAAAAUGUCGCUCAGCUACAAGGCGACCUCGAUCAGAUUCACACCAACGACGAGAAGAAAAGACUCGUAACAUUGAGAAGCGAACUAUUGCGCUAUCUCAUUCAACCCAACAAAACUGUCGAUGACUACUCGAGGCUUCUAAACGGGGCUUUCGAUCUCCCGCCAGGUCUUCCCCGGUUUGGGGCUGACCAGGUGAUGCAGGAGAAGGCUUACGCUGCAUGGAAGAACAGCAGGUCCAACUGCAUGUUGGUGGUGACUGCCAUCGAGGUGGCGUCCGCCUUGAAGCGGGAGGCUUCGAUAGACGCCGCCUACGGCGGAGUUGCCGUGGUGGACCUCUAUUGCCAAAAGGCGGACUUCAUGACAGACAAGGACCAGGCCACAUCUCUGGGUGUUGUUGUAAGUCUGCUGUUUCAGCUCCUCGAGGCGAAUCCGUCAACCCUCCGCGACGUCAGCAAGUUCGACAGCCUGCGCCAAAGGAUCGCAGAGGUCGACGGCGCAGGGAGUCGAGGCUUGGAUGUGGCAUUUGGUCUUCUGUCUGAUAUUCUUGGACAUUUUGAUUUGGUGUAUAUCGUUCUGGACAGGGUCGAUCGUAUCCGGGGCGACUUUCUUCGAAUUAUGCUCACAAGGUUGAUGGUGUCCAGGCGAAACGGACCCAAGAUACGGGCCUUUUGUGUUGCUUGCAGUAAUAAGGAGGGAAUGAGGAAGAGCUUGAAAGAAUUGGAAGAAGAAAUGGAUGAUAAGAAUCUCAUUCUUUUCCAAAAAGAUCAGUCGAGGUUUUAG